AUGGUCAUUUCCGAAAAACACGACCAUCCGGUCCGAAAUGAUAGUGCCGACGUGGAUGUGAAGAAUGGCAUUAUCCAGGAAGGCAAGGUCCAGGAAGGCAAGGCCGAUGCCGCGCUUGACUUCUUGCGCGCCGAGGAUACAGUUGGUGCCGUCGAGGUUGAUGAGAAGACGCUUGUUCGCAAGAUCGACUGGAUGAUUAUGCCGUUGAUGUGGGCGGCAUAUAAUCUACAGUAUCUGGACAAGGUGCUCAUCAAUUAUGCCUCCGUCAUGGGCUUGCUCAGCGAUACGAACAUGCGCACCAACGAGUUCUCGGAUCUGACUCUGGCUUUCUACGUUACCUACCUCUUCUUCGAAUUGCCAACGGGAUUUCUGAUGCAGCGACUACCAACGGCGAAAUAUCUGGGUCUCAAUGUUACCUUGUGGGGAUUGAUGACAACGUUGAACUGCACUGCAAAGAACUUUGGAGGGCUGAUGACACUCCGGGUGCUGCUGGGAUGUUUUGAGAGUUCAAUCGCUCCAGCUUUAAUCCUCAUCACCUCCAUGUGGUACAAGCGGAAUGAACAACCAAAGCGCAUGGGAACAUGGUACCUAGGCACCGGAACCGCCUCGAUAAUGGGGGCCCUGGUCGCCUACGGCCUCCUCUUCUACACAAGCGACAAAUUCAAAUCCUGGCAAAUAAUGUUCCUGAUCUUCGGCGUCAUCACCAUCGUAGUCGGAAUCUGCAUCAUAAUCUUCCUUCCCGACAACCCGAUGACCUCGAAGCUAACCCACGCCGAAAAAGUCCUCGCCAUCGAACGACUCCGCGAGAACCGCACUGGUAUCGAAAACAAGCAUUUCAAAUGGCCUCAAUUCGUCGAGAUCUUCCGCGACCCCCAGACCUACCUAAUCAUCAUCAUCGUGGCAUCCAUGAACAUCUCCAACGCAGCCGUGAGCAGCUUCACCUCACUAAUCAUCAAGAACAUCGGCUUCACAACCAAAGAAACCGAGCUCCUCAAUAUCCCCAAUGGAGCCGUCAGCAUUGUCAGUAUCCUCGCAGCCUCAUACACUGCCUCUCGGUACGACCAGCGCUGUCUUUGCGUCGUCGCUUCACUAACUAUCGGACUUCUCGGCGGCUGUCUUCUCGCAUUCUCUCCCAAAGAUAUGAAAGCAGCCCAACUAGCCGGGAACUAUCUAACCCAAGUAAUUGGCUCCGCCUUGCCAAUUCUCUACUCUCUCGCCGGUGCAAAUGCCGCCGGGCACACGAAGAAGGUCACCAUGAACGCCAUCCUUCUCAUGUCCUUCUGUCUAGGCAAUAUCCUGGGCCCGAUUACGUUCCGCACGGAGGAUGAGCCGAAUUACAUCCCGGCGAAGAUCGCGCUGGUCAUUACCGUGGCUGUCGCGAUUAUUUUCACGUUCGUCCUGCGCUAUUAUUAUAUCUGGGAGAACCGUCGUAGGGAUAAGCGCCAUGAGGGCGAGGUUCAUCAGGAGAACUCGGAGUUUUUGGAUCUGACUGAUAGGCAAAAUCGAGAGUUUAGGUAUAAGGUGUGA